GUAAAGUGGUAAUAGCGUGUGGAGUGGCCAGUUCGGUAACGCUACGACGUGUGAUAGACGCGGAAAAGCAGCUGUUGUAACCAACUCAAUAGCGAGUGAUAGAGCCAGUGAGAAGGGGAUUUGCGAUGCAUCAAGCGGAGUUUUUGAGAGAGCCAUAACAAUAGUCCAGGGAGUUGAUUUUGACGAGAAAGCUAUCAGCACCAUAAGCUUGAAGAGAAGCGUCUGUGACAAAAUACACCAAGAGACGAAAAUGCUGCCACAAAAAACGGAAAAGGAUGAGCAUAUUGAGCCAAGUGGAUUCGUAAUGGUAAAACAAUUGAGGAUGGAUGAAAUCGAUGGCAAUUUGAAUUUAGUAAAGAGUAAAAUGCCGCAUAAAGGGGAAGACAUUGAACAAGUAAAAGCAAGUGUUGUAGAAGACAGUGGUGAUUUUUUAGAUGGCAUCACGACCAAUAAUAUACAGCAUAAUGAAGGCGAUUUCGUAGACAAUGAAAUCCCAUGUCCUGAAGACCUUGAUAUGUGGAGAAAAUUAAGAGAGUUCGAGGAGCGAGAAGUAGAACUAAAAGAAGAAAUAUUCGAGUUAGAAAACCAAGUCGAGACAUUAAAACUGGAGAAACUAAAACGCGACCGAGAAAUAGAGCGAUUGGAGGCACUUUUACGCAAAUCAGCAAAAGAGAAUAACAGACUGUUCAUGAAUGAAAACGCAGCGGAAGAAACUAUUUUAGAAAUGCGUGUUGAGUUGGAAAAUUGGAAGACGAAAGCGCAAGAUAUCGACGCUAAAUUAGAGACGACGAGAAGGCUGCAUCAAGAGGAAACAAUUUGCUACGAGAAUCAGAUAAAUGAGGUAAAUGAGGAAAUACAAAAAGAGAAAGAUAUCGGACUUCAAAAAAGUAAAAGAUUACAAGAGAUGGAAUUAGAAUUGCGGGAAUACAAACAGCGACUUUCUUCCGUCGGUAUACAUAAUUUAAGCUCUGUUAAAGAGUCUGGCUUUUCUGACUGCUCUAAAGAUGAGGAUUUGUUGGCUCUUUCACACGAGCUAAACGAGUUAUACCGCGAACACCUCCACUGCCAAGAAAAGAUAAACAUCGCAGAAAAAGAGCUCGAUGUAAAGGCAAAAGAACUCGAAGAAACGCAAGGCCAGAACGAAAGCAAAAAUAUUGCACUCCAGAAUUUUAAAGAAAAAUAUGCGGAACUAGGGGAUAUUGUCAUGGCGACCAAACAAGAAAACAUGCACCUGCGCAACAGAUUGGCGCAGAAAUACAAAGAGAACGAGACCCUACGGCGGAAGUGUCUCCUGCAUGAGACCGAGGCUAAAUGGCUGAAAGACGCGCUAAACAUCGUCAGUGAAAAUCGUAAAAGAACCGUCAGGAAUAAAGAUAUUAAGCUAAAUCAAGAGAGCUCUUUUGGCUGAAUAGAUAUUAUAAUGCAAUUGCAUCGAGUUAAAUUGCUUAUUUAUAAUAUAUGUGUUGGUUAAGUAAAGAAGUUUGUGAUAUUUUGAAAUAUAAUUAUAUAAAAGUAUUAGUACUGAAAUGUCUAAAUGGCUUUUCCAAUAUAUUUUUCUAGCUAUAACACUAAUUGCCAUGAUUUCCAAGCCAUGGUAAAAACCGUAAAUCUAGACAAGAUUUAAUUAAGCCAAGUUGGAUCAACAGUGUUGGUCUGCAAACAGACCUGUAUCAAACUACAGCAACGAAUAUCUGAUUCAAGCCAAAUUGUUACUACAGCUCCUAUUUCAGCACUGUGUUAUGUAUUAUAUCUUCCGUUAUAAACGUUGCAUAAAUAGCAUUUUAAAAAAUCGGGAAAUUCGCGAAAGUUUAAGAAGAUCAAUCGUGCCGCCGUUAUGGUUAUUUUGAAGUUAUCUUGCGUAUAAACCGUAAUAUUUUCAUUUCUAAUCAACAGACAGGAUUGGCUGAUUGACUUUCUUUAAAGAUACACGAAAAUAAAAUUUGAAAGCUGCGUUUUCUUCACUCCCAUUUGUUUCUGUGAUAAUUAAAUAAAGAAACUAUUUAUAUAA